CCGACCUGUUUCAAUCUAGACCUUGCUCAAAGCGAACACGGACGGAAUGCCCUCGUUUUUUCUCCGUAGCUCUUGAGUUUUUGGACUGAUGAAAACUUUUCGAAAUUUUCAUCUCACCUUUGAUUUUCGCCCAACGUUGCCACAAACGUUGGUUUACGGUAUGCCAAUUGGCAGAACGCGCAAAAGCGAUAUCAAUUUGAUGAAUAUUAGCUAAUAAGCGUACCACAAGUACUCCGAAGAACUUUUUUCUUCAUUCGUACCUUCAUUAUCACGCACACUCAUACAGAUACAAAGAGGGCCCCCGUACGUACGCAGCCCUCAUUGCCGUCAUUGUAAAAUCCGGAGACUCCUCCACCUUCUGCUCCGAGGCAAGGAAGUAAGAAUCUCGUCGUUCGGCAUUCCGGCAAAAACAUUGCGAUCCUUUCAAGUGUGAAUCGGUAGAAACGGAAAAAGUGAACACAGUGCAAUAAAAGUUACGCAGCAAACAACGAAGACCGUGAAUACCGAGGAGGACGGUGCAGUGCAGUUGCGGCAAAGUGUACAACGCGAACUAUGCGGAAAGAGUGAGACGUGUAGCAUCGAAGCACAGUGUUGUCGAUACUUGCGGGGUGUUUCGACAUUUAACCCCCUACACCGGGAAAACUUUCCCCAUCUGGAACGGACCGACUAUGAACAAGUGAGAAUCAUAUUAUCGCGAAUGGACACCAUGUGAAUAGUGCCGUGCCGUGCCGUGCCGCUCUGUCAUUUGCGCUACGACGAGUAACCGCAUCCAUAUACCCGGUAGCUGGAAGGUACACGCAUUUGCUUGCACACCUUUUGGAGGGUGUUCGAGAAGAGUGUGGCCGUCAACAGUGCAAUCGUCGUUGUGCGUCCUUUCCACUGCCGGAAAUUUCAAGUCUAAGAUUGUUUUUUUUUUCGAUUGCGCUCCACGGGCAAUGUAGGGAAUCUGCUGCAAGAAGCACAUACGCAUACGUUCUGUGUCGUUUCGUUGCGCGCUGGGGGAAUUGCUUUAGCAGAUCGCAGUAAUCAUAAACAAACUGCGCUGCAUGAACCUGUGAACCUGAGAAAGUUUCCCUUUCACUGGCAAUCGUGGCCCGCGGUUCCAAUCACAACCGUGUAUGAGGAAAGUUGACUGAUUCUACCCAAAGCCACCACCAUCACUAUAUCUCGCGAAUACUGUUCCCUCCCUGCUACCUCGCUAGUUUGGACCAUCGUACACACCGGAGUAGUAGUAAUCAUCCAUGAUACCUUAUGCAUAUGAACGAAUCGAGCAAUUAUUUUGGCAACACUAGCUCACAUCGGUCCAGAUUGCAGCCGGAAUUGAUACAGUUCACUCGAAGACCCGCUCCAGAAGCUCCAUAAGAACAGCAUUUUGGUGGACUAUUCUUGUUAUUGUAACACAUUAUUUGAACGUUUCUACUUGCGCGGCACUAUCGGUGCACCGGCGAACUGAAUAUUUGUAGCAUUCGGCGAGUCCGCUUUGCAGGCUUAUAUUUGAUACAUAUCGAUGGAACGUGAACGAGAGCACGGCAAUAGUGGUGGAGGCAGCGGGGCCACCGAGCGCAGGAAACACUCCAAGAAACGAUCCAAGAAGAGUAGCAAGAAAUCUAAAAGGAAAAGACACGCUACCACGUCGGACGUGGACGAUUUGUCUUCCGGUUCGUUCGGCGAUGAAUCGAAACGCUACUCCCGAACACACAAGGAAGCGUACGACGAUAGCAGUGGAGGGAUGGAGGGGGAUCUUGCCGAGCGAACCGCACUAUCCGGCUCAAAAUCCGGCGUAGAGUAUUCGGACGUCAGUUCGGACGAUUUUUCUGCCCCCGAGGCUGGCGAGAUCGAAACAGACGCCACGGAUACGGCCGAAGGCGGAGGUGCGGUAGCGGGCAACGGGGGUGAUGCAUUCAUCAGUGGCAAUGAAACGGACGAGAUGGGCCGGACGAAGAAAAGCAGCAGUAAGUCCCGGCAUGGCCAUCGACAUCACCGUCGGCGAAAGUCCGUCACCGACGCACACAGCAAAACCCGUUCUCACCGUUCAAGCUCCAAGCGCUGGAGUCGAACGCCACAGGCGCAUGCGGCCGAAACGGCCGUACGUAGCGGCACGCCUUCUUUCCCCGAAACUGGGGAAACGAAUCGCACGGGGACUGCGCUGGAAAGCAAGGGUGCCGUUGCGGCAUCUUCCAUCAGCAGUUCAUCCAGUCGUUCGAAAAGGAUUAACUCGGUGUCCUCCGAUACUUCGUCGAUGAAGUAUCGCAGGCAGAAACGGCGAUCCAAGCAGACCAAUGAUGAGGACGAAGCUCAGAGCACGUUAGUAGAUGAGCACGAUGUGCUAGCUAAAAAUAAAGACGACGAGCAAGGCGCCGAGGUCAGAAGAACGGAGGUGCCAGAUGGAAAUGGAGGCAGUGAAACGGAAGAGUUGGACGAUGAUAAUGAAGAAGACGAGGAGGAGGAGGAGGACGAUUUGAACAAUGACAAUGAAGGGCAGCCGGUGUCCAGCAGGAAGCGCAUCAAGAAAAGCAGAAAAGAUAAGAAGCAUAAGCGAAACAAAAAACUAAAAAAGCGCAAGAAAAAAUAUCGCACCAAGUCAAUAUCGAGCAUUGAGACGAUCUCGGAGAGUGAAGGUUCCCUGCUGGAGUCAAUGACGCCGCCAUUAAAACAAUCUCCAGGAUAUAGAGCUGGUAGUGGUGAAGGUAGUAAAUCUUACACUCCUGUUCACAACGACACCAGCCUUACGCCCGUGUCACCAGGAACUCCACCACUGCUGGAACAUCAUUCUACGAGGCAUUCGUUAAACAGUCCUUACGAUAGCCGUGCGAUCGUUACGCGAAGCCGUAGUCCAAUUGAGCGUGAUUGUGACCACGAUCGCGAACGGGAACGGGAACGUGAUCCACGGGAUCGAGACCGUUCAGCAAAUGCUGGCGGAAGCACCACUGGCCGCAAACUGUAUAUUACUUCUUCACCUCACACACCGCCUGUCGCCAUGCAUAAAAAGACUUCGUCAUCUUACCAUGAUCGUACGCUGCCACAGAACCACGGCAGCCCCAUUGAUCUUGAUAGCCCGCCGCCUGUGUUGCGCCACAGAGGAAGCAGCAGCCAUCGAGCAAAUAGUCGGCGUCGCAGUCAAUCAAACGAUCGGAGGUACAGCUCCAGGCGAACGCCUUCUCCAAUUUUUGUAGACGAACGUCACAAACCACACACUCCACCACCCACGAAACGUCGGCGAGACAGAUCUCCGCCCGAGAAGGACUAUUAUCGGAAAACGGAUAGCCGGAGUUACAGUAAACGAGAGAGAGACUGGGAUGAUCGUCGCGGCAGUGAAGCUAGCAAGCGUUAUGGAAGCAGAACUCCAAGUCCCAAUAGUAAUCGCCGUUCUCGACGGUCACCUUCGCUUACCAUAACGAGCAGGUCUAGAUCAUCGCGCAGGGGAGGAUACUAUAGCCCAUCGCCGGAACGGAGCGCCGGAGGCAGUAGCAGUUAUGUUUCAUCGCGUUCGAGGCAUCGUUCGCGUAGUCCCCGAAGAUCGCCACUAACGUCGUCCACCAGCAAGCGCUACUCUAGCAGCAGAUCUCGCUCACCGCAGAUGCCUUCAGCUAAAAAAAUGGACCUGCAGAAGAAAAUCACGGAUACCAGCUUUUUUGCAGAACUUAUCAAAGACAAGCAUAAGCGUAACAAAACGCUGCAAGAAAUUUUGGAAAACAAAAAGAAAAACGAUGCUUCUGGGGUCGGGGCAACGAGUGCCGAUAGCAGUACCGCAACGCAGGACAGCGAGAACCGUCAAAAGGGUGAUCUUGUUGGGGAUAAUAGCAAUGGCACAUCAUUACACUCUGCCUCUUCACUAGACGCUUCUAGUGCCAAUGGCGUUAGAGAAAAGGCGCAAGAUUCCAUGGCAAAUGUAACGGAUAUUCCAAUGCCCGAAUCGACAGAGCGUGCAUCCCACAGCGAUCAAACGGAUGGAAACUGUUGUGACAUUAACGCUAACAGCAAUAGCAAUGGCAGCAACAGUAACAUGGUUCCAGACUCACGAAUUCCUGUGAUAACGAACAAUGCAGUGCAUCAUCAUCAAUGCCCUGCAACAUUCUCUGGCACUGGCAUGAGCAAUUUGACAACGGUGGAAACCAAUGCUGAACCAGUAGCUGCAGCUGCGCAUACGUCGGAAAUAAGUAGUACUAACACAAAUAGUGGCAUUGCAUCAUCGAAGCCAAAAAGUCUUACCAAUCUGCCAAUGCCGCCAGGGGUGAAUGUCGCCGAGCUGGAAGCAGAUCUGGCACAAACACCUAGCCCGGCCAGACCAAUCAGCCCCGUUGCUGCGGUGAGUGCUAUGAAAGUAAUGCCCAUUCCUACACUAACGACCACCGGUGCCGUUCCGCUACCAGUUGCUAACAGCUCGACGAGCGCAAGCAAGCAGCGAUCUGACGGUUAUAAACCAAACGCAUCGAAUGUCUCUACCUUGGCAGCAGUUCCUACGACCGUUGCCGGUGCCCACGCUACUACUUCCACUGCUGUGCCGGGGAGUGGUAUUAAGAAAGGUCUGCUAAACCUACCAAUGCCUCCAAUGGUGCCGGGAUCGGAGGAUUUAAGUGGCGAGGAAGACAUCGGGUCGCCCCUAUUGCCUAGCAAUCGUGACACAAUUCAAAACCUUACCCCGUCAGGUCAGACUGGUGUCGCAAACAAUAACAACAAUAAUACUAGCCUGAACAAUCGGUACAAGGGAGUGGGUACCGCUACCAGCUCGGUUGCGUCCUCUGCCCAGCAAUCUACGGGAGGAGCCGGAAAAGCACCUGUAGCAAGACCAAGAAUUUUAAACAGGCGCCAUUCCCGCAACAUGACUGCGCCUAUGUCCGCCUCGGGCGGAAAGGACUGGGGCGAGCGUUGUGUGGAAGUGUUCGAUAUGCUUGAACAAAUUGGCGAAGGAACGUACGGUCAGGUUUACAAGGCGAAGGACCAACAGACGAACGAACUGGUUGCACUGAAGAAAGUGCGUCUGGAACAUGAGAAGGAAGGCUUCCCGAUUACGGCAGUGCGUGAAAUCAAGAUACUUCGCCAACUGAAUCACCAAAACAUCGUGAACUUGCGAGAGAUUGUCACCGACAAACAGGACGCGUUGGAGUUCCGAAAGGAUAAGGGAUCGUUCUAUCUGGUGUUUGAAUACAUGGAUCACGAUCUGAUGGGGUUGCUGGAGUCUGGCAUGGUGGAUUUCAACGAACAGAACAACGCAAGCAUAAUGCGCCAGUUGUUGGAUGGUUUAAACUACUGCCAUAAGAAAAAUUUCCUCCACCGCGACAUCAAAUGCUCCAACAUUCUUAUGAACAACAGGGGUGAAGUAAAACUUGCCGACUUUGGGCUUGCCCGAUUGUACAACGCAGACAAUCGGGAGCGUCCUUACACGAACAAAGUAAUUACGUUGUGGUACCGCCCACCGGAGCUGUUGCUGGGUGAAGAGCGCUACGGACCAGCGAUUGAUGUGUGGAGCUGUGGUUGCAUUCUUGGAGAGCUUUUCCUCAAGAAGCCCCUGUUUCAGGCAAACCAAGAACCUGCCCAGCUAGAAAUGAUAUCUCGAUUGUGCGGGACUCCCACGCCCGCAGUGUGGCCGAACGUCAUCAAGCUACCGCUGUUCCAUACGCUCAAAUCAAAGAAACAGUACCGCCGCAAACUACGAGAAGACUUCGUCUUCAUGCCUAUGCCAUCGCUCGAUCUGCUCGACAGCAUGCUGGUGUUGGAUCCAGAUCGGCGCAUUACCGCCGAAGAUGCGCUCAAAUCGAACUGGCUUAAAAACGUUAUACCUGAGCAAUUACCUCCCCCGCAGUUGCCAACGUGGCAAGAUUGUCAUGAACUUUGGAGCAAAAAACGGCGUCGACAGCUUCGCGAGCAACAGGAAUCGUCACUCAAUCUUCCGCCAGGCAAACCCACGGGUAGCACAAUCAAACUGGACGGUAUAACGUUACCCGGUGGUGCCGGAGCACCCGCUGGUAUCAACAUGAUGUAACGAUGUGCGUUGCUGAUGUGCGAGCACAUUGUGCUUGGUCUUGCUUGGUACCACCUACCAAGAGGAUUGAGCAGUCGACAGCCAUUCAUCGUUCUUGUUUCAAUGCAUGUUAAUUUAGCGUUACGUCUAAUCAUCGCAAAGUUAUUUCUAGCAGGUGACAUGUACAGCAAAAUUACGGUACUAUCAGGCAUUAUAUAGCAUCGUGUAACAAGUUUUUAGUUAUUCCAAAUCCAUUUGCUUUACGGUAACAUCAGAUUUUACUUCGUGAAUAGUUGAGGAAAACAGUUCUCUUUUAGUUUUUCUUUUCUUUUCUUUUUAUCGUACCGCACUCGUGAAGCGUUGCGGUGCACAGUCAUUCAAGGAAAGUUUAAAUUGUUACAACGCUAUCAAAUUUAUCUUCCUAAUUUAAAUCUCCAUACUAUGACGUAAAUAAAGCUAAAUUAAGAUAAUUUCUUCCACCACAAGCGAAUCAAAGCAAAGCGAAGAUGUGUAAAAAUGCAUACGAGUAAGAAUUAUUUGGAUGGGAAAUAUAAGCAAACAAACAAAAAAUACGGUGCGUUCAGUGUUGGCACCUAAAGAAAUCACAAGAAUCUUGAAGUGUCUUACGAAAAUUGCAAAGGAAACCCAAAGCAAAACAAAUAAAAGACUAUUGCAACACUCUGCACGGUUGGUUGAAAUUGUUCAAUCAAUUUCCUGAUGAGAAAUUUGACAAAGUCAAAGGGGACUUACAAACAGAAUAGAGCAAUAAAACGAUCGUCGUCAUACAAUGCUGUAUACCACAGUGAGCGAAAUCAUGCGGAGAGGAUAAAGAGAUUAAGCAAGAGACUGCUCAAGGAACGAAGAAUUGAAUGUGAACAGGAACUGGAUGCAGGCUGAAUAACUUAUACGUUAGCUUCGAUGCUAGAGAUAUAUCUGAUCCUGGGAAAACAGAAAUGGAGGGUUCGUAGCCAAUUAAGACAAACAGUAAAUCUUAAUGUGUACAGUAAUAGAAUGUCGUGCUUUGUAUAUUUGUUAAAAAUACUAUAAUUCAUUGAAUCGUCCGAGAUGUGGAUUCAGCAAGCAAAGAAAUCAUUGCAUGUAGGUAGCAUCGUUGCCUAAAACCGGAUGGAGAUUGGCAAAUCACAACUGGUAGUAGUUGGUAGUUGAGGGAUUAGGCAAACAACAUGCAUUAUUAUCUUUCGGUUCGAAUCAUUAUACACAAACACCUUUGCGUAACUUUCCCGGAAGCAGAUACAGGUGCUUGCGGUGAAGCACUAUAAAAGUUAGUUAAUAAAAGUAAUAAAACCGA